GUGCUACUGAAUACUAUGGCAGAUAGGCGGAGCAAAACGCCGCCUCAUAUCUCGGACCCAUAUCAGCUUCGCCUCAUAUUAACGAAUUAAUACGUAUGUAAAAUUUUUUAAUUUAAUUUCUAAAUGUUGAAAUGCGAGUUUUUGGUAGUAAAUUUAAAAUUUUACUACUCUUUACUUUGAUAUUAAAAGCGUAUACAGUCCUUAUUAUUUGACGCGCCUAAAUUUGACGACCCUAGACGAACGGUAAAGUGCCGUCUCGCAACACUGCAUUGAUUACGCGGGAAAUGGAUACCUGUCGAUCACAAGAAGCUCAGAAAAUGAGCUUUUUGCGAGUGUUCGAUUAGCAUAGAAGAACGUUGGUGGCGGAUUCUCGGCGCCCGUAGCUGUCCGUGAUGGGCAAAUCUGACGAAUCAAAGGAAAAACCACCUCCACUCUUCGACAACGCCAAGUUCUGCCUCGCCGACGAUCUUCAAGACGAUGAAGAGUUCCAGAAUCUCCUAUUCCGCAAUGGCGGAAGGCUCAUCAACUACCUGUCGGACAACGUGACCUAUGUAAUUGCAGACAACCCUGACAGUCCCACCAUCGGUGAAGCACUGGAAUUGUAUGAGAAGCCGGUUGUCACGAGCUCAUGGGUGCGACUGUCUCUAAAAUGCGGUGCCUUGCUGCCCCUGGAGGCAUUCUCACCACACAAGAACAGGAUCUUCUCAAACUGCACUAUCUGCCCGUCCCAGAUGUCCAGGGCCGACACCAAGGCUGUCUGGGCCAUGGUGACGUUCUACGGCGGGAGGUUCCAGCCGGACUUGGAUGCUUCGUGCACCCAUCUGGUGGCAGGAAAGCCAGAAGGGGCAAAAUAUGAAAGAGCCAUGGUAGCAGCAAACAAGCUAAGGAUUGUGACACCAGAUUGGGUCGCGGAAUCAGUGAAGAAUAAGUCUCUGUGUGAUGAAGAGCUCUACCAUCCACGGCUGCUGAUCAUGCCCAAGCCUCUGUCUCCACCCACGCCUCCGAAACCUCCAACUCCACCAACCACAGUCCCAGUGGUAACCAGUUCACCCAGCCUUGCCGCCUUCCGAAGCAUGCAACAGCAACAUCAGAUGCAACAAUUACUUGCUCAACAUCAACAACAACAGCAGCAGCAGCAGCAGCUACAGCAACAGCUUUCGCAACAGAAACUUUCACAACAGCAACUUUCCCAGCAACUACUCCAGCAACAGCUUUCUCAGCAAGUGCCACAGCAACAGCUAGUCUCCCAGCAGCAAGUUCCACAACAGCAGAUUUCGCAACAGCAAGCGUUUCAACAGAAAGUUUUGCAACAGCAAGUUUCCCAGCAAGAAGUUUCACAACAGCAAGUUCCACAGCAGCAACAGCAAAUUUCUCAGCAGCUGUCUCAGCAACUUUCGCAGCAGCUGUCGCAGCAACUCUCACAGCAACUCUCUCAGCAGCAACUCGCUUCGUCUCCAUCCCCUCAGCAACAACAGCAGCAGCUUCCUCAGCAGCAGCAGCAGCAGCAGCAACUUAGCCAGCAGCUUCAGCAGCAACAGAUGGUGCCAACUUCCCAGUUCCCCGCACGGAUGGUGAGCGUAUCGAGCGGAGACAUCAAAGUGUCACUUGCGGGAGGUCAGGGAAUCAGCAUUAUGACCAUCAACAAGCCGCAGUUGUUGCUGCAGCAACAGCAGCAGCAGCAGCAGCCAGGGGGUGCGGGAGGAGCGGUGGCCGGCUCAGUGCGUCCCCCCGAGGGAGCCCUGAAGCCGGUGAUGCAGAUGCAGCUGAUGCAGCAGAAGCAGCAGUUCCUGCAGCAGAUGCAGCAGAGGCAGCAGUUUCCAGCUGGGCUGCCCGUCGUGGUCACGCAGCAGGGCCUUGUGACACAGCGUCAGUCGUGGCCCACACAGGGUGGUGUGCCGCUCACCCAGCAGCAGAUGAUGCAGCUGAGGCAGCGUCAGCUGCAGAUGCGCCAGCUGACGCCCCAGCAGCAGCAGCUGCUGGUGCAGAGCCUUCAGCGUCAGCAGCAGCAGCAACAGCGCCCGCUGACGGUGCAGCAGUUCCAGCAGGCAAUGCACGGACAGCCUCCCGUCGGGGGUCUUCAGCAGCCGGGCCAGCAGGCACAGCCGCUCAGGCACCCCCAGCAGAUCAUCAUUCAGCAGAUGCAGCAGCAACAUCAGAGGCAGGUCCCUCAGCAGAUGCAGCAGCAACAGCAGCAGCCGGUGCAGCAACCGGGGCAGCAGCCAGGACAGCAGUUUCAGCAAGUCAUUCAGGGCGCAGUGCCAGGCCUGCAGCAACCGCAGCAGCAGCCCCAGCAAGCGCAGCAGCCGGCGGUUUCCCCGAUCCAACAACAGUCCCCUCAGCAACAGCUGGCCCAACCGCAACAGCAGCAGCAGCUGCUCACAGGAACGCAAGUGGUGACGUCGUCCGGCGGCCAGCAGCCGGCGCAGGUGGCGAUGAAGCCUCCGCCCCAGUACCCUUACGCCGGCGAGAGGGUGCUGCCCGUGGCCGCCGGGCACAGGGCACCCUACCGGGCCGGUGUGCCGCCGCAGGCCCCGCAGUUCCCGGAGUUGCGACCAGGGUCUUUCGAGCGUGCGGAUACUCCGUUCAUUUACACCCGUGUAGAGUACCUACCCAGCCUAGCAGUAACUGAAGUGCGACCAAACCAGGCAUUUGUGCGGAGGCUCUAG